AUGACGGUCACCUAUUCACUGAAAGUGUCCAAGGCCAGUCUUACAGGGUUUUCCAGUUUACUCUUCCGAUGGAAAGGAAGUAUAUAUAAAUUGUUGUACAGAGAAAUGGCUGUGUUUAUUGCCUUGUACUAUAUUCUUAGCAUCGUAUACCGUCAUGCAUUGCAAGAAUCACAGAAACGGGUUUUUGAGAAGCUCGCAUUAUACGCAGAAAAGGGGACGAACAUCAUUCCCCUGAGUUUCAUCCUAGGCUUCUAUGUGGCAAUAAUCGUUGGUCGUUGGUGGAGCCAGUACUUGGCGAUACCUUGGAUCGACCAGGUGGCUCAGAUCACUGCAGCCAACGUACACGGAGCUGACGAUAGGAGUCGUAUGAUAAGAAGGUCUAUUGUACGAUGGGUCAACGCAUCGGCGGUUCUAGUCCUGACAUCUGUCUCGCCUCCGAUUAAAAGACGAUUUCCUACUAUGUGGCAUUACGAACGAGCAGGUUUGUUCACGGAAGACGAACGGCAAAUGCUUGAAGAUACAUUGUGCCCACACAGUAAAUUCUGGGUACCAUGUGCUUGGGCAUGUAACUUAGUUGCUGAAGCAAGACGGGAAGGGCGUAUACGGGACGACUUUGCAUCUAAAGCUAUUAUUGACGAAAUUCAGAAAUUUCGAGACUACUCUGGAAUGAUUUACGCAUUUGAUUGGAUAAGUGUUCCGUUAGUGUAUACUCAGGUGGUGACCUUGGCUGUUUACUCUUACUUCGUGUCUUGUCUGGUAGCACGACAAUUCUUGGACCCAAAACAGGGCUACGUCGGACACGAUAUCGAUCUCUAUAUCCCAUUCUUCACUAUAUUGGAGUUUUUCUUUUACUUUGGAUGGUUAAAGGUUGCAGAGGCAAUCAUUAACCCAUUUGGUGAGGACGAUGACGAUUUUGAAGUGAACUUCAUGGUUGACAGAAACUUACAGGUUGGUUUGUUGACUGUAGAUGAAAUGUAUGGUAAACAUCCCAAACUAGAUAAAGAUAUGUACUGGGACAAAGUGGUGUUCCAAAUGCCUUACACCAAAGCAUCCAUUAGCCACAAGCGAGAGAACUCCUGGAUGGGUUCCACCACAGACAUGCACAUGGGCGAGGAUACUUUUUGGAUCACUACGCCUGGUCUUGACACCAUAACUGAAAUAAGUAGACAGACUAUCAUCAACGCAGGAAAUGAGUUCCAGCACCUGACAAACACGCCACCGGAUGACAUUGACAAUGCCUUAUCGCUCCAACGACAAGGAUCGAAGGAAAGCACAGCCAAGAAAAUCAUCCAGAGCAUAGUAUCUCGUAGAAACAGUCACGUACAACGGGAGUUAUCGAACGAGAGUCGCUUUCAUACACCGAGUAACAGUCGAAUACACACUCCAAAAAUAACGCCAAUGUCCAGCCCCAAGUUAACAACAAGAGUAGAAAGACAAGUCUCUAAAGAAAGCGAGGCAUCCAGAGACGUGUCGAAUAGUUCUCCAUUCUUCUCACCCGAUGAAGAAACCAAUGCCACAAAGUUUCCAGUCGUACAAGAAAGUACAGAGACUGCACAGUUGAUUGACAUGGAUGGUGGUAUGGCAGCCUGAAUUCAGACCAGUACGCAUUGAUGGAAAGGCUACGGGGUAUAUUGAUGGUGGAACGGCAGUCUGAAGGAAGACAAAAGUCAUUCUAAAUGUUA